CUACAUUUUGACCAAUCCAGAAAUGGCACAUGUUAUUUAGUUCUCAAAAAUACAUUAUGUGAAUAUAGUAUUUAUUUCAAAUCGCAGUAUCCUCCAAACUGCACGUGAAUAUCUAUUGAGAUAGUGUGUUUCAUGGCAAUAGUGACGUGUCUUCAGUCGUGUCAAAUUUUCAAAGGUUAGGAAGAAGGUAUGUGUAUUUAAACACAUUAUUUUAUUUGACACGUAAUAAAAGAUGUUGACGAAAUUUGAAACAAAGUCUGCUCGUGUGAAAGGGCUUUCUUUUCAUCCAAAACGUCCCUGGGUUCUUGCAAGUUUGCACAAUGGAGUCAUACAAUUAUGGGAUUAUCGUAUGUGUACUCUGUUAGACAAAUUUGAUGAACAUGAUGGACCUGUUCGUGGAAUCUGUUUCCACAAUCAACAGCCUUUGUUUGUAUCUGGUGGUGAUGAUUAUAAAAUUAAAGUAUGGAAUUAUAAACAACGAAGAUGCAUCUUCACUUUAUUAGGACAUUUAGAUUACAUCAGAACAAUAGUAUUCCACCAAGAAUAUCCAUGGAUUCUAAGUGCAUCUGAUGAUCAGACAAUCCGUAUUUGGAACUGGCAAAGUCGUACAUGCAUUUGUGUAUUAACAGGACAUAAUCAUUAUGUAAUGUGUGCACAAUUCCACCCUACAGAAGACAUAAUAGUAUCUGCUUCUUUGGACCAAACAGUUAGGGUAUGGGACAUUUCUGGCCUAAGAAAGAAAAAUGUAGCUCCAGGUCCAGGAGGCUUAGAAGAUCAUUUAAAAAAUCCUGGAGCAACUGAUCUAUUUGGUCAAGCUGAUGCUGUAGUAAAGCACGUGCUUGAAGGUCAUGACCGUGGUGUCAAUUGGGCAGCUUUCCAUCCUACAUUACCUUUGAUUGUUUCUGGAGCUGAUGAUCGACAAAUUAAAAUGUGGAGACUGAAUGACGCAAAAGCAUGGGAAGUAGACACAUGUCGUGGCCAUUACAACAAUGUUUCCUGUGUCUUGUUCCAUCCUAGACAAGAUUUAAUUCUUUCAAAUUCAGAAGACAAGAGUAUACGUGUUUGGGAUAUGACAAAACGUAGUUGUUUGCACACAUUUAGAAGAGAACAUGAAAGAUUCUGGGUCCUUGCUGCUCAUCCUACUUUAAAUCUCUUUGCUGCUGGUCAUGAUUCUGGAAUGAUCAUUUUCAAACUUGAGAGAGAACGUCCAGCAUAUGCUGUGCAUGGAAAUGUUCUUUAUUAUGUGAAAGAUCGUUUCCUUAGAAAAUUGGACUUCACUACCUCUAAAGAUACUUCUGUUAUGCAGUUUCGUGGAGGUGGAAAGACUCGUCCUUACAGUAUGUCAUAUAAUCAAGCAGAGAAUGCUGUUUUAAUCUGUACAAGGUCACCCCAUAAUGUUGAAAACAGUACUUACGAUUUAUGUAUGAUACCUCGCGAGGGUGAUUCAGUUACUGAGGCUGAUACAAAACGAGAUUCUGGAGUCACUGCUAUUUGGGUUGCAAGGAAUCGUUUUGCUGUAUUGGACAGAGUCUAUUCAUUGGUCAUUAAGAAUUUGAAGAACGAAUUUACCAAGAAGGUACAAAUUCAAAACUGCGACGAAAUAUUCUAUGCUGGCACAGGAAUGCUUCUUCUACGUGACGCUGACCAAGUAACGCUUUUUGAUGUUCAGCAGAAAAGAACAUUAGCUGAAGUAAAAAUUUCUAAAUGCAGAUACGUCGUUUGGUCUAGUGACAUGUCCCAUGUUGCUCUACUUGCGAAACAUACAGUCAAUAUCUGUAACAGACGAUUAGAGUCUUUGUGCUCUGUUCAUGAAAAUACUCGAGUUAAAUCUGGAGCUUGGGAUGAUUCUGGAGUAUUUAUCUAUACUACUAGUAAUCACAUUAAAUACGCAAUUAACAAUGGUGAUCACGGCAUCAUCCGCACAUUAGACUUACCAAUAUAUGUAACUAGAGUUAAAGGCAAUCAAGUUUAUUGUCUAGACAGAGAAUGUAGACCACGAAUUCUUAGAAUAGACCCAACAGAAUAUAAAUUCAAAUUAGCUUUAAUUAAUAGGAAAUAUGAAGAAGUACUGCAUAUGGUUCGAAAUGCAAAUCUUGUUGGUCAGUCUAUAAUUGCCUAUCUGCAACAGAAGGGUUAUCCUGAAGUUGCUUUGCACUUUGUGAAAGAUGAAAAGACUAGAUUCGGACUUGCUCUUGAAUGUGGAAAUAUUGAAGUGGCUCUAGAAGCAGCAAGAUCUCUUGAUCAGAAGACUUGUUGGGAAAGUUUGGCUCAAGCAGCCUUGCUACAAGGAAAUCAUCAAGUUGUAGAAAUGUGUUAUCAGAGAACAAAGAAUUUUGAAAAAUUAUCAUUCCUCUAUCUCAUUACUGGUAACUUAGAAAAAUUACGUAAAAUGAUAAAAAUCGCAGAAAUUAGAAAGGAUGUCUCUGGUCAAUAUCAGGGUAGUCUGUUACUUGGUGAUGUUUAUGAGCGUGCAAAAAUUUUAAGGAAUUCUGGUCAAGCAUCUUUGGCUUAUGUAACUGAGAAGGUUCAUGGUAUUUCAUCUCCAGAAGACGAUGCUCAAUACAGUUCUAUGAGCGAAGAACUUUCUGCUCUAGAAAAGGGAGCAGUGUACCUGCAACCACCUGUACCCAUUCAACAAGCUGAAAAUAACUGGCCACUGCUAACAGUUUCUAAAGGUUUCUUCGAGGGUGCAAUGUUGUCGCGUGGAAAGAGCCAAGUGGCUGCUGCUUUAGCUCCAGAAGACGAUAGUGCCGUACCUGUUGAAGGAUGGGGUAAUGAUGAAGAAUUGGGAAUAGAUGAUGAAGAAGGUGGAGAAACAGAACAGCCUCCCGAAGGAGAAGAAAGUGCUGGAUGGGACGUUGAAGACGUAGAUUUACCGCCAGAACUUGAAGCUGCAACCACUGCAACUGAAGAUGGCUAUUAUUCACCACCCACGAAAGGAGUACCACCAACGCAACAUUGGGUGAAUAAUUCUCAAUUAGCUGUGGACCAUGUACUAGCUGGAUCAUUUGAAACCGCAUUUAGACUAUUGAAUGACCAAGUUGGCGUUGUUGAAUUCGCCUCUUAUGAGAAUCUCUUUAUGAGUACUUAUGCUCGUGCUCGAACAGCGUUUGAUACGUUACCCAGUAUACCUUCAUUAUAUGCAUAUCCUCAAAGAAAUUGGAAGGAAACAAAUCCUAAAAGCGCUCUGCCCGCAGUAGGAUUGCAUCUUACGGAUUUAGUUCAGAGAUUACAAGUAUGUUACCACUUGACCACUGGUGGAAAGUUCCCAGAAGCUAUAGAAAAAUUCCAAGCAAUUUUACUUAGUGUACCGUUAUUGGUUGUGGAUACAAGACAAGAUAUUGCAGAAGCACAGCAAUUGAUUCAGAUUUGUAGAGAAUAUAUUUUAGGAUUGAAGAUGGAAACAGAAAGAAAAAAUCUGCCUAAGGCUACUCUAGCUGAACAAAAACGCAUUUGUGAAAUGGCAGCAUACUUUACACACUGUAGUUUACAACCUGUACAUCAAAUUCUUACUUUGAGGAUAGCUGUGAAUAUGUUCUUCAAGUUAAAGAACUACAAAACUGCUGCUUCCUUUGGUAGAAGAUUGCUUGAAUUAGGACCUAAACCUGACUUGGCACAGCAAGUCAGAAAAAUAUUGCAGGCGUGUGACAAGAAUCCAGUGGAUGAACAUCAACUAGUGUAUGAUGAACAUAAUCCAUUCUCAUUAUGUGCCAGCACCUUUGUUCCAAUUUAUAAAGGUAAACCAGAAGUCAAGUGUCCACUAUGUGGAGCAAGUUAUUUACCACAGUUUAAGGAGACUGUGUGUAAAGUCUGUGAAGUUGCAUUAGUUGGUAAGGAAUGCAUUGGUUUAAGGAUAAGUCCUGUACAAUUUCGAUAAUUUUCUGCUGUUUUUAUAUUCAUUAACUUAGCAAUGAAAUUCUAUCAUCAUUUAAAUACUAAACACAGAAAUGCAUUAUACAUACAGUACCAAUGUUUCUAUUUGUUAACUGUAUUAGAUGUAAAAGGUAUUAUAUCAUUCCAAAAAGUAUUGUAAAUAUCAUGAAGCAUAAACAUGUAAAUCCGAAAAUUAAAGAAUGUUUUCUUCAGUCAUGUACCAAGGAAAAUAAGUGAUGCAUUUUACUAUGUUUGUAUUGUAACUACUUCAUACAGAAACAAUAUAAAGUAUAUUUUAAAAACAAGCAUGUAUACAAGUGAAUUUCAGUAGAUACUAGAAUUAUAAUUUGAUAUGUUUACUUUAAACAUUUUUUAUUUGUACAAUUUAUCUUAUGCAUAUUUAAAUAAAUGUUAUUCACAACUAAAACGCUGCGAAACGUGUUUUCCUUGAUAAUAAAAAUGCAAAUUUGUUCCGACUGCUUUUUC